AGAGGAAUUUCCCCUACAGGAUAUAUAAAUUCUGAACAUGAUGGGGCUUUGUUACUGUUGGAGUCUGGUGACUUUGCACAUUUUCUUUUUCAUUGCUGUUCUUAUAAUGAACUUCCAAGUAGCUCUGCUAGUCACCUUAGUGGGAAUCGUGGGAUCUGCCCCUGUCUCUCACAAACUGGACAUUAUGGACAAGGAUACUAUUGCACAGGCUCACAGCUUAAUCAGCAAAAUUCUUAAAGAUAUUCCUACAGUGCACACAGCCUGGAUAAAAAGCCCGAGUUUCACUUUGGGCGACAGCAGGGAGCUGCUGCUGAACUUAAAGGAAAAAAUGAUACCCUCUGCCCCAGUUCUCCAGAACAUCUCAAGUAGCUUCAGUCUGGAAACCUGCCUUGCUCACAUAGUGAAGGGACUGCAACUACAUCUGAAUCUCUUGGAAGAGAUCAGCAAUUCAUCCAUGCUGGACCAGACUGACCAGGUGAUAAAUCUUAAAGCUGAAAUCGAAGACCUUCUGUUUCAAAUCAAAGAGUUGCAGAAUCAAGCGGAAUUUGACCACUCACAGCAGGAAUCAGGCAAGCAGUCACAGACUGGUGUGGCUAAACAUCUGACAAAUGAAUACGUAACUAGUGUGGCAGCCCACCUCACACUGCAACAGCUACAGGACUUCAGUUAUGAUGUCCUACGCAGUAUCCUCAGUAUGCGUAGUAUGGCCUCCAUUUCAGAGAACACUACUACCACUAUGCAGCUCUGGGUAAAUGCAGCAGGCGUAUGAGUGAUCUAGACUAUUAAGCCCAAAGUGAACUUCAGUUUUAACAUGGAUGCUUAGUGACGUUAAGGGCAUUUCAUCUCUGGAAAGUUUCGUCUUUGUCCUGUGUCAGUGCUCUUUUCAUCCAGAAGUUAAAACUGAUCAAAACUGCAGCCUUGUAGUCCGUUGGAUUCUUUUUUUUUUUUUUUUUCCCAUUUUUCCCAAAGGGAUUUUUUUUAUUCAAGUAUUUUGACAGUAUAGCGAAACUUGAUUUUGUCAUUUCUUGGGAGUAGGCAUUUUGCUCACAGCAAUUGGUGAAAUUUUCUGUACAGUAUAAUGGGUAAUGUAGUUUUUCACCACAAACUCAGCUGUCAAACAAGAUUAUUUUAAAAAUAAGAUGGCAUAAUGUGAACAGAGGCUUCAACAAAAGCAUAUACUCACAGUAUGUCUGUUUUUAAAGUUUUAUAGGUUAAAAAUCAAUUUCUCUUUGGAGAAAAUGAAUCUGACUGUUGCAUUCUAUAGAGUAGAAUAUGCAUAGUUAUGAAAGUUGGGCUGCGUAUGUACAUCACCGUAAAGUAGUGUAUUUGUAAAAACUGAAGUUUACUUUUGGGCUUUACACUGAACAGAUGAAACUUGGUAAAGUGACGAGCAAAAACAAAACAAAAAAUGUUUGACAUGUUAUAAGGGUACGUUUCACGACAACAAUGACUACUAAAAACAGAAAAGUUUUUCCUUCAGUAAAAAGAUUUGCAUACAGACGACAACGUCGUCAAAGGGAUCCCUGUUCACACGGAUCUGCAUAAAUGACUAAAAACACAAUGUUAUGUAUGCCAGGCCAGUAGCUGGCGAUGUCACUUUGUAAAAAAAAAAAAAACACAUGUCCCUAUAGACUGAACAUGUAAAACACCGUUUUACACAAAGACAAUAACAGUAUUGUUUUCAAAAACUGUUGUUUUCAAAAACUAACAGUAUUGUGCUCUCUAAAGUUUUCAUUUUUUUAAGUCCCUGUUGUCGUGUAAAUGAACGGCCAAAACAUAUACGAGUUUUUCAGUUUUUAGUUGAAAAUGUUGUCGUGUAAACGUCCCCUAAUUGGCUGUGUUUUUACAGCAUCUUUGCUUUAGACAAAGAGACAUAGUGACCAUUUAGCCAUGGUGGCACUGAAGGGUAUCAGUUUUCUGACAGUUUCUGACAGUUAGUAUUUAAUGUAUUUAUUAGUUGCAUUAUUUAUUUUGUAUUUCACUUCACUUCACAUCUUAUUUAUUAUUUAUUAAUUUAACAAUUUAGGAGCUCAUUUAAACUGCUGUAUUGUUCACAGUCUGCCUCAGAAUACAAUAAUUUAACUGAAUUUGAAAAACUUGUUAUACUAUUUAAAAGUUAUUUAUUGUGCACAUGACCAUGUCUCAUCCGUUGCUAAAUGAGAUCAUGGUCAUUGGACUGAUCUCCUGAUCUCUGUGAGAACUACCUACUGCUUUUAUUACUCAUUGCAUGUGAUAUUAUGAUGUUUUUGUUUUUCUUACCCAAAAAAGCAACUGGAAUUUCACAUUAUGUAAUGUAUGAUUAAAUUAUAUUACAUUUGGCAGAUGCUUUUAUCCAAAGCGACUUACAUUGCAUUAUACUAUACAUUUGUAUCAGAGUAUGUGCAAUCCCUGGGAUCAAACCCAUGACCUUGGCAUUGCUAGUGCCACGCUCUAACCACUGAGCUACAGGAAAGCUUUUUAUAAUAUUAUAAUAUAUAUUCUAUAAUAUUAUUUAUUUAUUUAAGUAAAGCACAGACAUAUUUAUUUGUAAUUGAUAUGUUUGGACUAUUUGAAGAUGUCUCACAUUUUAUCAAAAUAAAGCAAAUUUAUAUAUUGAAAAGUU